AUGGAUGUUCACACGGCAGCCGAGGCCUUGGUGGCUAUCGGCGGGAAAGAUACGAAUUGUUAUGAAAUGAAGAGCAAUAAUACGUUACACCCCGACGAGCAGCAGUCGAGAAGCUUCGCGUUCGUCUGCUUGGUCUCCGCGGCUUGCACAGCCGUGCUGGCCAGUCCUCCCGGAGGCUACGGGGGACACGGUGGGGGCUACGGUGCCUCUGAAGAAAAUUACGGUCCGCCGCAGCCUUAUGAGUUCAGUUACUCAGCUGAGGACCACGAUGGCUCGCAUGGCCACAGUCAAACAUCCGAUGGACGAACUGUUCGAGGACAUUAUAUGAUCCAGAUGGCCGACGGCACCAAGCGGAGAGUCGAAUAUCACGCCGACGAAAGCGGAUUCCACGCCAAGAUUGUCACAAACGAACUCGGAACCGAGUCCAAGAAUCCCGCCGAUGUGGUGUUCGAAUCCUCGGCGGUCACUGGCGAACAGGCCGCUGCCCAGUACGGAUCUCAGCACCGCAGCCGAGCUUCAAGUCAUGGAUGGAAUUAG